GGGGAGUGUGGUAGUGGCGAGGGGCGAUAACACAUUCGAGGAGCUGUUGAUCAUAUGGAGUGGGAAAAGGUUGUGGUGAGCGGUGGGGUGGGCGGUGGCAAUGUCGGUGGUUCGGAAAUGGAAGACGAGGAAUUGGAAGACGAAGGAGGAGAUGCCGGUGUUUCUGCGGGGCUAACUUCCAAGGGGAAGGGAAAACGCACAACGCAAUUGUCGCCGACGCUAGCUGCGCCCAAGAAACAGGCUCGAAGGAAAGCUGUGGACGAAGCUCGAGUCGCCUUGGAUGCAUCUCAAGGGACGCUUGGUGAAGCCGAUGUGAAAUGCAAAUCAAGUGCUCGGGUUCGCAAAAUGUCACAACCCAGGAAGCCCGUGCGGCCAUCAAGGCGCCAGAAAUCGGAGGACUCCAGCGACGAUGCUGAAGGGGUGGCCCCUCGCUUGCUCUCCCUCCCUGACGACGACGAGCAGGAGACAAAGAAACCCAGUGCGAUUCCUACAAUUCCGUUGGGAGAUAUCGCCUUCAACCAGCGAUCGCUGAACCCGGCCAUCGUUGCAGGCAUCGAAGCGGCAAUCGAUGCAUCAACUCGUCCAAGGUCCGAGGAUGAUCCGGCUCCGUGGGAUCCACCGGAGUUGGUGCUGGCUCUGAUGACGCCAUCAAUGGACGAGAACAGCCAAGGGAUACACGUCCUUCCACAGGACUUCGAUCCCGAUAGGGCAGAUGAGUAUUUCUAUUACCCGGUUGUCGGUCAACAUACUUCCGAAGCUAUGAAAAGAACAGUGGCAAAUAAUUCUGCAGCAGUGGAGGUGUUCGGCUUUCGGAAUUAUGAUCCUGUGCGGAUCAUUUAUUUCGACGACGACCAUACGAACGGGUACGCGUAUGUUUCGAUAUACGACAACACAAGAGUUGACCGUGCUAUGUUGUCGUCGUUCCACCAAGCCUACGAGGACAUAAGAGGAUUUUGGGACUCGAAGAAACGGAUCGGCCCUGUGGGGAACGUGUCCAAAGGGGAUCCCGCCGGUUUGAUGCACCAGGAAGAGUGGAGGAAAUUUUUGAGGGCGUGCAUGAGAAAGUCAUGUGAGAAAUCACUGUGGACCGAGUGUUUGGCUCCGAAGUGGCAACAGGACUGGACGAACAGAAUGAGGGGAUACAUGAAUGUCGCCACAUGCAGGGAAAGGAUAUGGACAUUGGUAAAGGAGUUUUUUCUGAAGUUCGAGGCAGGGGAGUUGGCGCUAUACGACAACAAAUGCCCAAAGGACUUGCCCGGGAAGCAGGAAGGCCGGGUGCCGGGCCAAUUCACUGAAGAGGUGCAAGGGAAGAAGGAGGUGUUCCAUUGCAUACCAGCUAGGGACGGGGGACUGAACGCUACGGUGUCCUUCAAAGAUCUAUUUCCGUCAAACUUCAAAUGUUUUGGAGAUAUGACGGCACGAGAGAAGGAAAUUGCAUUGCGGUUGAUGAUAAAUAAGAAAGUCGUCGCCACUACUAGACUGGUUCCUCCUGGGAAGUUGAAUAUGACCAACCUCCUCGACAUCAUAAUGCGCGAGAGAUACAUGAUGCGUCUGUUCAACUACAUCGUCUUCAAAUCGAAGAACAGAGAGGCGAGAGAAUGGAAGGACGGGAACUUCUUCGACUAUGAAAAAGUGGAGCAAAGGUUUGGUGUGAGGGCAGCUGAAUGGGAUGAGGAAAGGGAUAGGAUCCCUUUGGAAUACGUCCGGAGGGUUCCAAAAAAACUCGGUGGAGAGCAAGAGGAAAAAGGUCUGAAAGGAGCUGGCUUAAAGGCCAAGGAGACAUUGUAUAGGGACGCGCCUUUCCACUUCAAGUACUUCGUAUACCAUGCAAUUGGAAGAGUGGGGUUGCUGACAGCUGAGUUGCGACGGUUGAAGAACGCUGAGCUUAAGCUAGGUUGGGAAAAGAAACAACGACGGUCGACAUUGCUACCAGUCAACAUGCACCCCAAGAAGUUGCUGCCCGCGGCCGACGAAAUUGUGACUGCGGCCAUGAACUUGAAUUGCAAGGCGGCUAUCCUCGAUCUCGCCAACCCGAAGGAGUGCCUUGCAUGGUCGCCAGCUGAUUUCGAUGCUUUGCACAAAACGAUGACGAAAUUGUGCGGUAAUAAUUGGAUUUUGAUUGUUUUUGCCUUGCAAAAACAACAUAAGAUCAUCAUGAAGCAGCUUUACAAAUGGGACGAUGUAGAGGUGAUACCCGAGACUUGAAAGCGUUAUAUUGGGGCCGGAACGGCUGUCAGCAGGUACGAAAACUUGUAAGUCGAUUAUAAGGACACGA